CGCGACAAAAACAAAAAGAGAGAAUUCAAGGCAGGCAGCCCAUCGGGAGUGAGGGAGUUAGUUGGAGUAGUCGGAGACAUCGCCGCAGGAGCAGACGAGGUUCUUCUCGCCAAAGGGGUUAUUGACGCGUCCGACGGUGGGCCAGAACUUGCCCCUCAUGUGCACCCAGGGGGCGGGGAAGGCGCCGACCUCUCGAGAGUAUGGCCGGUUCCAGUCGCUGCUGCACACCUCCUUCUGCGUGUGGGGCGCGUUCUUGAUCGGAUUGUUGUCUUGCGGCUGAUGGAGGCAGCCAGGCGACACACACACACACACACAGGGGUAUGCAGCCGUCCGUCAUGAGACCUCUAUAGGUCGGCCUCAGUGGGUGGAUUGUCUUGCUUACCCAUUCGCCGGAUUCGAUUUUGCCGAUUUCCUCGCGGAUCAUGAUCAUGGCGUCGCAAAACCGAUCCAGCUCAGCCCUGCACACAAGCACAGACACAGACCACGGCUCAUCUCGAGUCUGUCGGGGGUCGCUGGGUGCUUCUUUUUACUCACUGGUUCUCUGAUUCGGUUGGUUCGAUCAUGAGGGCUGAUGGGACGGGCCAGCUCAUGGUGGGCGCGUGGAAGCCGUAGUCCAUCAGACGCUUCGCGACGUCCUCCUGCACACACAUCGACACACGCACAUAGAAGCGGAUGAGUGGGUCUUUGUUUAUGGCUGAGUGCGUGUGUCUCCGCGGCUGACCUCAACGAUGCCGCAUGACUUUUUGAACGGCUCGACGUCGAGGAUGAACUCGUGCGCACACCUGCCCUUGGCACCGGCGAACUUGAUGUUGAAGUGGGGCUUCAGCCGAGUCAUCAUGUAGUUGGCAUUCAAUAUCGCCAUCUGACACACACACGCAUCGCAUGGCCAAGCCACACCACACGCCACACGCCACACACAUGCAUUCCCCCUCUCCCUCUCUGUCCUGUGCUGUGUUGUGUGAGGUCAACCCACCUCUGCGGACGCUUUGAGGCCCUGCGCGCCGAGCAUGGCGAUGAACAUCCACGAGAUGGGCAGGAUCAUGGCCGAGCCCCACGGGGCGCCCGUCACCUGAGGCCCCCUCUCCACCGUCCCAACCGGCACGAUGCAGUGGCCGGGCAGGAAAGGCGCCAGGUGCUUCCUCACACCUGAUGUCGUUAGACACACAAUACACACAGAGAGAGAGAGAGAGAGAUGUGUGUCGGUUUCGGUUAGAGCGUUGUGAGUGUCUGUGCGCACCGAUUGGUCCGACGCCCGGCCCGCCGCCUCCGUGAGGGAUGGCGAAUGUCUUGUGCAGAUUCAGGUGGCACACGUCUGCACAUUCUCACACACAAACACGCAAACAGCGAUUACAAAUAUCACAUUCGUGUGUGGGCACACCACACCCAUCGUGUGGGAUGGGAUGAGAUGUGUGAAGUGCAUGGCACGCACCUGCCCCAAUGAUGCCCGGGGAGGUCAGCCCCAGCUGCGCAUUCAUGUUUGCGCCGUCCAUAUAGACCUGCCCCCCGUUGUCGUGCACAAUCUGGCAUAUCCUCACAAUCUCCUCCUCAAACACGCCAUGCGUCGAGGGGUACGUCACCAUCAGCGCGCUCAGGUCCUCGGAGUGCUCCUUGGCCACGGCCUCCAGCUGGGCCACGUCGACGUUACCCUGCUUGUCAGAGUCGAUGGCCUUGAUGCGCAUGCCGGCCAUGACGGCUGAGGCCGGGUUGGUGCCGUGGGCGCUCUUGGGGAUGAUGCACACGUCACGGUGGCCCUCGCCGAUGGACUCCUGGUACUUGCGGAUGGCUAGGAGACCCGUGUACUCGCCCGUCGCGCCACUAUUCGGCUGCAAUGAGACUGCGUCAAAACCUGCACACACACACGAGAGAGAGAGAGAGAGGGAGACAGAGAGGGAGGGAGGGAGAAGGGGACUGGUGCUGUGUGGUGUAGUUUGCGGCUCGUCCGCUGACCGGUGAUGGUGCAGAGGUAUUUGCUGAGCUCGAAGAUCAUCUGUCGGUAGCCCUUGGUCUGCUCGGGCGGCGAGAAGGGGUGCAUGUUGGCGAACUCGUUCCACAGGAUGGGCUCCAUGCUGCUGGCGGGGUUGAGCUUCAUGGUGCAGGACCCCAGGGAGAUCAUGCUCGUGUUGAGGGCCAGGUCCUUGUUCUCCAGGUACUUCAUGUAGCGCAUCAUCUCGGUCUCCGUCUGGAUGAGGUUGAAGAUCUGCUGCGUCAUGAAGGACGACUUGCGCGCGAAGGCCGCCGGCAUCUCGCCGGUGACGUUCUUGGACAGCUCGGAGGGGUCCACCUUGACGGGCUGGCCGUACCUGGCGAGGGCGAACCCCUCGAGCAGCGUGUCGACGUCCGCGACGGUAUGGGUCUCAUCGAAGGCGACACCGACCAUUGUGGGGCCCAUCGAACGGAUGUUCAUCUGGCGAGACCUGCAUACACACACACACACACACAGAAUACGGCACAGCACAUGGCUGGGUGUGUGGGGGGAGGGGGGGGGGUGCGUGUGCCUGACAAACUGACCUCAUGAUUUCGACCAUGACGUCGGUCGACACGGGGGCGAUGUCGACUGUGAGGGUGUCGAAGAAGUUCUCGCCGUUGAUCGUCGUGUAACCCAUGCUCUCGAUGCCACGCUGGAACCUGACACAGACACACACACACACACACACGAUGCACAGGUAUGCGCAAAUCGACAUCUCUGUGUGAGUCUCUCUCUGUGCACACCACCCACCUCUGUGCGAGUCCGUGGACGCGCCUUGCGAUGUCCUUGAGCCCCUCCGGCCCAUGGUAAAUGGCGUACAUGGCGGCGAUGUUGGCCAGCAGCGCCUGGGACGUGCACACAUUGCUGGUCGCCUUGUCCUUGCGGAUGUGCUGCUCCCUCGUCUGCAGCGCCAUCCUCAGCGCCCUGUCCCCCCUCUCGUCUAUCGAUAUCCCGAUGAUCCGCCCGGGCAUCCGACGCAUGUUCUCCUUGCGCGUCGCGAAGAAGGCCGCGUGCGGACCGCCGAACCCCAUGGGCACACCGAACCGCUGCGUCGUGCCGAACACGACGUCUGCACCGAACUCGCCAGGGGGUGUGGCGAGGGUGAGUGCGAGAGGGUCGGAUGAGACGACGAGCUGUGCGCCGUGUGCAUGGAGGGCGUCUGCGACGCCCCUGAAGUCCUCAAGGGUGCCGGUGGUGUCGGGGUACUGGACGAGUGCGCCGCAGACGGACUGCUUUGAGAAGUUGAAGUCGUGAUGGUCGCCGACGAUGAGCUUCAUGCCGAUGGGCUCGGCGCGUGUCUUCAUGACCUCGAUGAUCUGGGGAUGGGUGCGGUCGCUGACAAGGAAGACGUUCUUGGUCGGCUUGGCGCCCGUCGACCGGAAGACCAUCGUCAUGGCCUCGGCACCCGCCGUCGCCUCGUCCAGCAGCGACGCGUUGGCGAUCUCCAUGCCGGUCAGUUCCACAACCAUUGUCUGGUAGUUGAGCAGCGACUCGAGCCGCCCCUGGCUGAUCUCUGCCUGGUACGGGGUGUAGGCGGUGUACCAGGUGGGAUUGGUGACGAGGCAGCGCUUGAUGACGGGCGGCAGGAUGUUGUGGUGGUAGCCCAUGCCGAUGAAGGACUUGUGGACGACGUUCUGCCUGGCGAUCUUGUCGAGCAGGGUGCUCAUGACCGUCUCGCUCUGCGUCGCCUCGUGCAGGUUGAGCUUAUCCUUCCGCCGAAUGCUCGCCGGCACCGUCUGCUCUAUCAGCUCCUCAAUCGAAGACACGCCCAGCACCUUGAGCAUGUCAGCCACCUCGGUGCCGUCAGGGCCGAUGUGUCGACGCAGAAAGGUGUCAGAGGGGCGCAGAAAGGAUGGCACCGACACAUCACUGCUGCUGCUGCUACUACUGCUGGUGCUGGUGCUGGGGGAAGAGGCUGCUGACGAGAAGUGUUGGACAGCAAUGCGGCGAUGCUGUGAGGAGGGGGGUAGCUUGGCUGCCCUCGCACACACGCAUCCUGCCAGCCGCCUCGAUGCAACGGCCCUCAUGGUCUCACCGAUAUGUCCGCCCUCAGCGAAGUACCACAGCAGUACCACAGCUGGCGGAUACGACGAACGUGUGUUCUGGAAACGCUGAUUAAGA